UAUUAAUAAAGCAACGCGCUUGGUUGCUGGCGGCUCACACCCCAGCCUCUCAGCCACUCCCCUGUUGGAGCACUGAGAGCCCUCAACCCAAAGCGGCCAAUCCAGCGCAGCUAUGCCACGCGGAUCCACUGCCAGAAGAGGACGACGACGACGAGGACCACACGGCGUCACAGCCAGGGAUCGCCCCAAAUCAGCCAUUUCCACUGCCAGCUCCGACAGCGCCGCCGACGGCGAAGCCAGCGCCGACAGCGCAGCCACCGGCACCGUGGCAAACGCAGCGAUACUGAGACGCCAAUCCACCGACUCCGCCACCUGGUUGGAGGCACUUCCUCCAAUUCCUGGACCGGCUCCAGCCACCAUUACCGGGUAUGUGAGGACCACAAAUGCCGACACCACCACCCCGGCCACUCCGGCCACAAGCCCCAUCCCCGACCCCGACCUGCCCUGCCCCAACAGCUGGGCGGCCAUUCCGAAUCUCACCAGCCAGGAGCAGUUCCAGAUCGGCGACUGGGUGGAGGCGGUCCAUACCCAGGAACGCCAGCAGCAGCAGCAGACCAUCAGCAGCAGCAGCGGUAGUCGCCGGCUUGAGGCAUUGGCGGCGUCGGCAGCGGCAGCGGCGUCAGCCAAAGCACCGCAAUGUCAAGCCAAGCCAAGCCAAGCGGUACCAAGCGCGCCAAUAAUUCCGCUUCCCACACUCCAACACACACAGACACGUAUCGAUGCACCGUAUGCCGAUGCAUCAUGUGGAGAGAGCCGGAAACAGCAAGGAGCGAGAGAAGGCGCAAAGAGAGAGCGGGUAACGACCUCGUAUCAGCGACAGUACGAGAGGGCACUCGAGCAGCCUCUGCACGAACAGCAGCCAACAAAAGAUUCGUGUUCGAGUGUCCGUUCGGGAGCGAGUUCGAACUCGGCUCCAAAUGCAAUGCACACAGCCAAUACCACAACCACAACCACAAAUACAAUGAUGACAUACAUCAGCACACAAACAGCGACAUCAAACACAAAAACGACAACUACAAUUACGACGGCAGCCAGACGACGAUGCCUGCUAACAGCAAUGUUAACAGGCGGACCCCCCCCACCACCGCCGCCAGAGGAACAUCAGCAGCAGCAGCAAACACAUCAACAACAACAACAUCAGCCAACGGCAACAAACACAGCCAAUACCGAUGAUAUCCCAUCCACCUCUGCUGCAGCGGCCCGUUCGCCACUGAAGCGCGUCCGCGCCGAGGUGGAUGAUGAUGACGAUGAUGAUGACAGUGAUGUUAUGGCUGUUGAGUUUGAUGACGACGAUGACGACGACAAUUUGGAUGCCAAUCAUGCAUCGGCCAAACGACGACUCCGGGAAAGUAACCAACAGGCAAGCAAAUCCCAUAUCCCCCAAAUUCAAAACCAUCCCCAUCAUCACCAACAAUCAAACCAGCAACAACAUCAGCGGACAAUUACACAAAAUGCCCCUGCCCCUGCCCCCGCCCCUGCCCCUGCCCCUGCCACUGCCAAUGCUCCACUAGCUCUACCUCACUCACCUGCAAGUGCAACUAGUAGUUGCGGCACAGGAACCCACAGCAGCAGCAGCGGCGGCGGCGUUGGGCUGCUCCAGCUGCCCUCCCUGAGUAUGCCCAAUGCCAGACAAAUUCGGAUGCUGCAGCGACAGCACCAACCAACGACAAUUAUUCCCCCCCCCCCAUCAUUCUGCCAGCUGUCCCCGACAUUAUGCCCAUUCUGGACAAGCUGCAGAAUGACCCGAGGGUGGGCAACAGUAGCUAUCACACCAAGCUCAUCAGCCGCAAUGGUGUCCGUAUCCAGGCCCGCGACAUGGCUACCAGAGAUGCCAUCAUGGCAAUCCUGGGCGAUGGCGGCGGCAACGAGGCGAUGACUGGCCACUACACACACCAGCACAAGAGUGACCGUGGGCUACGGAUCGUCGUGCGAGAUCUCCAUCACUCCACAAGCACCCAACUAAUAACAAAUCAGAUGGCCGAACUGGGCUAUUCAGUUAAAUUUAUUAGAGCCAUUAAAGCGAGAUCCGAUGGACAGCCACUCGACCAGUUCGAGUUGGAGAUAGCCCCCAAGCCGGAUGAAAGCCACCACGAUGUCCUCCAAUUAACCCAGCUGGGCAACCAGUUAGUGAUCGUUGAGAGGCAGGCCAAGCCGGUGGACCCAGCCCAGUGCCACAGAUGUCAGGCUUUUGGGCACACCCGCACCUACUGCAGGCGUUCAUUCAUCUGUAUGAAGUGUGCGGGUGCCCACGCGUCCACGGCAUGUGCCAAGCCAAGGGCAGACGCCCCUAAAUGCGCCAAUUGCCAGGGCGCCCACAUCAGCGCCUACAAGGGAUGUCCGGCAUUCAAGGCAGCAAGGGGCCGCCUUCUGUCGCACC